UUCUCCACCUCUAAAAAUUACUUCGUUGCAAUUGCACUUCAAUCUUCGCUCAGAAUUAAACCAGAAAUAAACCCGUAAUCGCAGACAGAGGAACUAAAACGACUCCCCCGACUCACAAGAAAGUACAGUAGAACACCGGGAAAAUGGAGAAAGCAGGCCUUUUGGCCGUUUUGGCAGUUUUCUGCGCCUUCGGCUUCUUUGCCGCUGCCACGCCCAUUGGGGGCGAUCAAAAGCUGCUGGGAUCCAGCAAGUGCACCUGGGGACCUUCGUAUUGGUGCGGAAAUUUCAGCAACUCGAAGGAAUGUCGCGCCACCCGCCAUUGCAUCCAAACCGUUUGGGAGACCCAACAGGUGCCCGUGGACACGGACUCGAUCUGCCAGAUCUGCAAGGAUAUGGUCACCCAGGCCAGGGAUCAGCUGAAGAGCAACGAGACGGAGGAGGAGCUCAAGGAGGUCUUCGAGGGCUCCUGCAAGCUCAUUCCGAUCAAGCCCAUCCAAAAGGAGUGCAUCAAGGUGGCCGAUGACUUCCUGCCCGAGUUGGUCGAGGCCCUGGCCUCCCAAAUGAACCCAGAUCAAGUUUGCUCGGUGGCCGGACUUUGCAACAGUGCCCGCAUCGAUGAAAUGUUCAAGGCUGGCAUUCAAUCGGGUCUGGAUGGAACCGCCCAGGAUGAAGACGACAGCUCCGAAGAGAAAGAGUUAACCUGGCAGCCCAAUCAGCUGUCCUGCGGCAACUGCAACCUGCUCUCCCGCAUGAUGCACUCCAAAUUCGCGGCCACCGAUCGCGAUGACAUGGUGGAGACGAUGCUGCAUAUGUGCGGCUCCCUGUCGAGCUUCUCCGACGCCUGUGCCAACAUUGUGCUGACCUACUUCAACGAUAUCUACGACCAUGUCAGCAAGCACCUGACCACGGAUGCCGUGUGCCAUGUUUCGGGCGUUUGCGCCUCAAGGUAUCACCAGCACGAGGAGGACAAGCUGCAGCCGCAAGGAGAGCUGGUGGCCCUCGAUGCCGGCGAUGAUAUUCCCUGCGAGCUGUGCGAACAGCUGGUGAAGCACCUGCGUGACGUCCUGGUGGCCAACACCACGGAGACGGAGUUCAAGCAGGUGAUGGAGGGAUUCUGCAAGCAGUCGAAGGGAUUCAAGGACGAGUGCCUGAGCAUCGUGGACCAGUACUACCAUGUGAUCUACGAGACGCUGGUCAACAAGCUGGAUGCCAAUGGAGCCUGCUGCAUGAUUGGCAUUUGCCAGAAGAACUCGGCCGCGAAGGAUGUGCCCAUUAUGCCGCUGCUGCCUGUUCUUGAGCCCGCCCAGGUGAAGAUCACCAUCGAGAGGCUGGAGAAGAAGCACGAGAAGAAGCAGCUCGGAGCCAGCGAGCCCAAGUUUAGCCAGCAGGAGAUCCUCGACAUGCAGCUGCCCAUCGAUCGCUUAAUGGGAGCCGCCAGGCCCUUGGAAUUGGUGGAGGGCGGCGAGCUGUGCACCAUCUGCGAGUACUUGCUGCAUUUUAUUCAGGAGACUUUGGCCACCCCGGCCACCGAUGACCAGAUCAAGCACACCGUGGAGAACGUCUGCAGCAAACUGCCGUCGGGAGUCGCCGGUCAGUGCCGCAACUUUGUGGAGAUGUACGGCGAUGCUGUGAUUGCUCUGCUGGUCCAGGGACUGAAUCCCCGCUCCGUGUGCCCCUACAUGCAGAUGUGCCCCAAGAAUCUGCCCAAGCAGGACGACGUCGAGGUGUUCCACCCGGUGCCGGUCAGCGACGAGCAGGAUUCACCCACCUGCCCGCUCUGCUUGUUUGCCGUCGAGCAGGCGCAGAUGAAGAUCCGCGACAACAAGUCCAAGGACAACAUCCGGCGGGUUCUAGACGGCCUCUGCACCCACCUGCCCGACAAGCUGAAGGACGAGUGCGUGGACUUUGUGAACACCUAUUCCAACGAGCUGGUCGACAUGCUGAUCACGGACUUCAAGCCCCAGGAGAUUUGCGUUCAGCUGAAGCUCUGCGCCAAGUCAACCGAUGCCCUCGGCGAUUUGGGCAUUUCGCUGGAGGACGAUGUGGAUGGCGAGGACAAGUCGAGCAGCGAGGAGAUCAGCUCGAAUGAUAUUGAGUCCCUGGAGGAACUGCCGCCUCAGCUGGCCUUUGACGAGGGAUUCAACGCCGCUCCCAAUUGCCUGAUCUGCGAGGAGUUGGUCAAGGAGCUGGAGAAGCGCGUGGGCAAGCACCCCACCAGGGCGAGCAUCAAGCUGAUCCUGGAGCAGUCUUGCGACAAGAUGAGGAAGCCGUUGGCCGGCAAGUGCCACAAGGUGAUCGACAAGUACGGCGACCAGAUUGCCGAUCUGCUGCUCAAGGAAAUGGACCCCAAGCUGAUCUGCACGGAGCUGGGCAUGUGCAUCCUGGCCGAUGUGGGAGAUCUUGAAGUGGAUGAGGCUCUGAAGUACGACGUGAUUGCCCUGCCCCGCAAGGACAACCAGCUGUCCACCAUCAAGGAGCCGCCCACCUGCGUGCUUUGCGAGUUUGUCAUGACCAAACUGGAGGCCGAUCUGAAGAACAAGACCGAGCAGGAUGAUAUUAAGCGAGCAAUUGAGGCCAUAUGCAACCGCCUGCCUUCCACUGUUCGCAAGCAGUGCGAUGCCUUCGUAGAUGGUUAUGCCGCCGCCGUUCUUAAACUGCUGAGCGAUGUGCCGCCCAAGGAGGUGUGCCAGAAGCUGCAGCUGUGCUUCAGCCUGGCCGUCACCGAUGAGGUGGUCGAGUGCGGCGUGUGCCACGGCGUCACCCAGGCUCUGUUGCCCUUCCUGCGCGAGCAGAAGGAUGAGGAAGUGACUGCCCUGCAAAUGACAUCGCUGGCCUGCGAGAACUUGCCAGCCAAGUACUACAAGAUUUGCUCUGAGAUGAUCUCCAUCUAUGGCAACAGUAUCAAGAACCUGGCCAAGCGAUCCUAUGUGAAUCAGUCGCAUAUCUGCGCCGAAAUUGGCAAGUGCUUCGAUAGCGAGAAGUCUUCGCUGGCCUUUGCCAGAAUUUCAGCCUAAGCGAUGCGUUGUGAUGUCCGAAAAAUAGAAGAAGGAGGGAGCCGAUCCCACGCUUUAUAUAUGCAUAUAUCUUUACAUCUAUCUGUUUACAUUCUAUAACGAUUUAUUGUAAAUGAAACAUAUUUACUUACUUUCCGUUACCCGUACCCCUGGUUUUUGGCUCUAAAUUUGUUAGGAGAAUUUGUGAUGAAACUGAUUUUAUAACGCACUCAAAAAACCCGGCUGAAAGAUAAAGUAAAACUUAACUAAAACUAAAACUUACUACGAAUUAGCGAAAUCCACAAGCCACUAACUUUGUAUCGAUAUCCCCGAUCUGUCCGAAGUCAGCUGAGCAGUGUGUCUAGUUUAAGAUAUCAAAGAAAACUGUGUAAAAUACGAACAUUGAUCUUAUAAAUCAUAAAGAAAACUAAAACAAA